AGGAGCCAUUUGUAAAUAUGCCCCAUAACACCAUCCGGGAAGCACUCAAAGUAUUACUUGAUGUCAAUAAUCAUCCUGUCUUGAUUCAUUGCAACAGGGGAAAGCAUCGAACGGGUUGUCUGGUGGGAUGCUUGAGAAAAUUGCAACAAUGGUGUUUAUCUUCGGUGUUUGAUGAAUAUCAGCGAUUUGCGGCUGCGAAAGCUAGAGUUUCUGAUCAGAGAUUCAUCGAGUUGUUUGAUGUCUCCACCUUCAAGCAACUGCCCUUUACAUUUUCAUCAACUAAUUAACCGCCAGAGGCAUUUUUUGUUUUGUUUUUUGGUUUCUUCUUAUGAU